AUGAAUAACCAUGAAAAUGCUACAUCUGAAACCAAUGAAGGAUCUACAUUUGCUGAGAAACUUAGAAAAUUAAGACUUACCAAAAUAGAACCCCCUUUUGAAUUGAAUCCUACUAUAACUCAAGAACGCUUUAUUCAACAAGAAGAUCAUACUAAGAAUAUCAAUAAAUUGAUAAAUACAACCAAUGUUAAACCUUCUACAUUAGCAGAUAGAUGGAAAAGUUUAAAAUCUCCUAAAAACGUUACGCCUGAAUCAGACACACAUAUUAAUAGGAAUCAUCUUGAAAAUGGUGCUACAUCAACAAAAUCCUUGGCUGAAAGAUUAGCAGCAAAAAGAAAACAGGAAAACAUUUUUAAAUUGCAAAAAAAGGACGCAAAAGCUAUCCAAAAUAUUGACGGGAAAAUUACAAAUCUACGAAACUCUUCCAAUGUUAUGAAUGCUAAAGAAUUACAAUGGUUUAAACAAUUGCAAAAAGCAAUCAUUAGCAGCAAACCAAUCAUGAGGAAAAUACCCAAUCAUUCUUUAUCUAAAGUGGCUAGUAUUCUUGUUUAUAAAGAGCAUCUCAAUAUUCCUGAGAAACUAAACAAUGAAUCGAAAAAAAGAAAAUUUGAACAAAUAUUUACGAUACAUUAUCCUAAUACUAACAUUAAAAAACGAGCUUUGGAAAGCUUCAACAAAUUAUCUCCUGAUGAUAUAGUUUUGAGGGCUCAACAAAAUGCCUUUGCUUCAGUAACCGACAAAGUUCAAAACUUGAAGAUUUCGGAGUCAACAUCAAACCCAACCGAGCAAUCUAAAAAAAAAAAUGUGUUUGAGGAGGAAGAUGAACCCAGAAAAGAUAAUGCGCCGUUUGUUCACAAAUACAAGCAGAUUACUGUCCCAACCAAGCCUCGUAAACCUGUAGACUUAAAAGAAAAAAUAGCUGAAUACAUUGUAAAUCCACACAUCAGUUUUGUUGUCUUGGGUCACGUUGAUGCGGGGAAAUCUACUCUAAUGGGCCGUUUGUUAUACGAUGUGGGUGCAGUUGACUCAAAAUUAAUUCGUAAAUUGAAAAAGGAAAGUAAUUUAUUGGGUAAGGGCUCCUUCCAUUUGGCUUGGGUCAUGGAUCAAACUUCCGAGGAAAGAGAACGUGGUGUUACAGUUGAUAUCUGCACCAGCGAUUUCCAAACGGAAAAUGCAAAGUUUACAAUUGUUGAUGCACCAGGUCAUCGAGACUUUAUCAAUAAUGCAAUCAGUGGUAUUGUUCAAUCAGAUGUAGCUGUUUUGUGCGUAGAUUGUUCAGCCGAUGCGUUUGAAAGUGGGUUUAAUCUGGAUGGACAAACGAAAGAGCAUUCUAUAUUAGCAAGAAGCCUCGGGAUCCGUCAUAUGGUUGUAGCAAUGAACAAGCUAGAUUGCGUAGACUGGGAUAAAACUAGAUUUGAUGAGAUUAAGGAUCAAUUAUCUGCAUUUUUUGAGUUGAUUGGAUUUGAUGUUACAAAACAAAUAAGUUGGGUUCCGGUCAGUGGGCUUUUAGGUGAUGGAGUAGUCAAGCCUAUAUGGUCCUCUUCGACAAAGCAAAAUUGGUAUAAGGGCCCUUCUUUAGUCGGUACAUUGGAAAAGGUGGCACACGAGUUUGUAGAAACAGAUGAAAACUUAAAUUUUUUGACAAACUCUCCAUUUUUAUUUGAUAUAUUGGAAGUUUCUGCGUCCAAUAAGGCUAACGAAUGUGUUGUGAGUGGUAAAAUUGAACAAGGGUCUAUUCAACCUGGUGAAACCAUAACCAUAUACCCAAGCGAACAAAGUUGUCUGGUGGACCAAAUUUUCUAUCAAGGUUCACCAAUGGAACAUUUAACCGUAGCAUUGCCGGGGGAAUUUGUUUCUAUGAAAUUGCUCAAUUCUAAUUCUGAAGAUAUUAACUCAGGUGAUCUUUGUGCCAUUGUCGGGAUUGAUUUACACAAUUCUAAAUCCUUUGAAACGCAAUUGUUAACCUUGGACAUUGCUAGACCUUUAUUACCAGGUACACCGUUUAUUUUAUAUAGGGGCAGUUGUGAACAACCAGCAGUAAUUAAAAGGUUAAUCAAAGUCCUAGAUAAGCGUGACCCAACUAAAGUUUUGAAGAAUAAAGUCAGACAUUUGGGUGCCAACCAAUUGGCAAUCGUGGAGAUCGAGUUUACCGCCUCCAAAAAAACCGUCGAUUUGCCAAUGUUGACAGCGUCAGAAAAUAAACAAUUAAGUAGAAUUGUUUUAAGAAAAGAAGGCAGAACAAUUGGUGCUGGUGUAAUUACCAAGUUAACGGACUGA